AUGACGGUCAACUAUUUCACCUGUACGUUAGGUCAGGCUGUGAGCCGCCACCAGCAGCAGGACAAGUCCUAUGGAACGGUUGCCGGGUUUCUCGAUUUCAAGGCACGAACUGCUCCGGACGUCCCCGUCCUCGGCUUGUACGAGGUCACGCAAAGGCCCUCACAGUUAUGGAAACCGCAUAUGUUGACUUUUAAGGACAUUCAGAGAGGCGUUACCCUUGUCGCUGGGGCAUUGCAGAACGAAUUUGAUAUAGAGCAGCGACAGAUGGUAGCGCUUCUCUGCCCAAGCUCCGCAAGUCUCCUAUUUACGUGGCUUGGUUUGGUUUGGUUGGGCCACCCGGUCCUUCUUGUGGCGCCUCAAUGCUCUGCCUCUGCAGUUGCCCAACUGUGCAAAUCUUGCGAAGCCGAGUUGAUGCUCUACGAGGGAGCUUACCGGGAUCUUGCGGCAGAAGCUUCGCAGGAGGCAUCACGAUUGGGGAACGCGUGCCUCACAACACAACCUGUGCCCUUUGCGGGAGAAAAUAUCUUCGAAGUGAUCAAGCGGACGCCCGAUGGCUCUUUUGCACCACCACCAGUCGAUGUCCGAGAGUCAGAUGUGGCAUAUCUUCAUCACACCUCGGGCACGUCGAGCGGUGCUCCGAAACCCAUUCCUCAAACGCACAGGGCAGCGAUCGGGGUCCUCCCGAUCCUCAACGGCGCAGGGCGCGCAACUUUCACAACAACACCGCUCUACCACGGUGGCGUUGCUGAUUUAUUCCGUGCUUGGACGAGCAACGCCUUGAUAUGGUUGUUUCCUGGCAAAGACCUUCCGAUCACUGCUACAAAUGUUGGCAAGUGUCUUGAAGUUGCUGCAGCCUCUGCUUCUAGCGGAACGCACCCGGAGGUAAGAUAUUUCUCCUCGGUACCGUACGUCCUACAGAUGGUGGCAGAUGACGAGGAUGGCCGGAGGCAUCUUCAAAGAAUGGACAUCGUCGGCGUUGGAGGCGCAGCUUUACCUGCUGAAGUCGGAGACAGCCUCGUCAGGGACAAUGUGAAUCUGGUAUCACGAUUCGGCAGUGCUGAAUGUGGAUUUCUCUUGUCUUCUCAUCGGGACUACGCAAACGACAAGGAAUGGCAGUAUCUCAGAGCCGCAUCUGGCAGAGAGCUUCUCCAGUUCGAGCCAAGAGACGACGGCCUUUCAGAACUCAUAAUUCAAUCGGGAUGGCCUCAUAUGGCCAAAUGCAACCGACGUGACGGCUCCUUUGCCACAGCCGACCUGUUCGCGCCGCACCCGACAAUCAUCAACGCAUGGCGGUACCACUCGCGAGCCGACUCGCAACUGACGCUCAUCACGGGCAAGAAAUUCGACCCGGCACCCCUAGAAGAUGCCAUUCGGGCAUCAGCCUCGUCUGUCGUCCAGGACGUUCUGAUCUUCGGAAACGGCAGACCCUAUCCUGGAGCUUUACUGUUUCCUCUCGACGUGGUCCAGAUGAGCGAUGAAGAUCUCCUCCGUCAUGUCGCGCCUGUGGUCGACGACUUGAACCGCAAGAGCCAGAGCCACGCGCGGAUAUCGAAAAACAUGCUCAUCCCCGUGGGCCAUCUCGAUAGGAGGCUUGAGAAGAGCAGCAAAGGCACGAUCUUGAGGAAUAAGGCUGAAGAAAGGUUUGCCGAGAAAAUUGCCGCUGCAUAUGAAGAUGUCCAUCCGGACGGGACCGCUCCUCCUUCUUCUUCAAAUGUCCCCGACGAUGAAGUGCCUGCGAGAAUCCGCGAUAUUGUCCAAAGGAUCGUUGGCGAAUGCCAGAGAGGCCUCGACAACGACCCCGAGGCUCUGACAGAACAUACGGACCUGUUUGCAUAUGGAGUUGACUCGGUCGCGUGCAUCCAAAUCCGACAUGCGCUGUCUCGACUCCUGCCUAGAGGUUCAGCCUUGCCGCUGACCGUGGUUGAAGACACAGGAACCAUCGCGGGACUUAGCGACUUUGUUCUACAUACACGGUCGGGGAAGGCGGGUUCCGAAAUGGGGGGAAGCCAGCGAGGUGAACACGACCAACAUCGGCUCAUGCUCGAUAUGGUCGACGAGUACGGUGUCUUCGACAAGCCGCGGUCCCACCCGUCCUCUACAGCCUCGGGUUGCACCCGAACCGCGACAUAUUGCUCACCGCUCCAUCGCCCACUAGGUCACUUGGGCAUACACGCCCUUCUCACGGGCCCGACAGGCUCUCUAGGCGCACACAUCCUGCACCAGCUCCUGUCCAGCCCCUACAUCUCGAAGAUCCAUCUCCUCGUCCGCGGCGCCACAUACGCAGCCUCACGCGAAAGUGUCUUGAAAGCUCUGACUUCGCGCGGUCUUCCUGUGCCAGUGUGCUUCGAAUCCAAAACACAGAUUCACAGCUGCAGACUUUCGGAUACCAAGCUCGGAUUGUCCGAGAAGGCAUAUGAGCAGUUGGCAGAGGAGGUGGAUGUGAUAAUCCAUCUAGCGUGGAGCGUGAACUUCCUCUUGCCCCUGCGAGCUUUUGCGGCGACUCACCUCGCCGGCACAAGAAAUCUGAUCAACCUCGCUCUAGCCUCGUCAGAAGGGAAAGCGGCGCCGAGAUUCAUAUUCUGCUCGAGCGUGGCGGCCGUCUCAACAUCCUCUUCGAGGUCUCCUCCGGCAAUAAUACCCGAAAUAGUCCUCUCCGAUCCGGCUGUCGCAGGCUCGACGGGCUACGCUCGUUCGAAAUGGGUCGCUGAACAGAUCUGCCAACGUGCCGCUCAGCAAAUACCGCGGUUGAGGGACCGCAUCUCCAUCGCUCGGGUAGGGCAGCUGUCCGGGGCAAGUGACACGGGAGUGUGGAGCCAUAGCGAAGCGUACCCUCUGAUGCUGAGUAGCCUCAAGGUGACGGGGUGUCUGCCAGAUCUGGACGGCGCGAAGAGGGACAGGGACGAGAGAGGAGGGGAGGUACUGGAUUGGUUACCGGUUGAUGUCGCCGCAAGUGCGUUUGUGCAGGAUAUCGUGCAUCAGAGUGACCUCCCAGCAUCGCUUCAAGCACAAGAAAGCGUCAAGGACGUCGCGACGGACGCAGAGAGAGACGAUGCGCGGGCCGGAGACGGACUCCCGGUCCACCAUAUCCUCAAUCCAUGCACCAGGACUACCUGGUCCGACCUGCUAGCCUGGCUCUUGCGGCAGCAAGCCUUUGAAACCGUCCCCGCCGCCGAAUGGCUCUCGCGCCUCUCAUCCUUACAGGAGAGCAACGACGCGGAAAAGCACAACCAUCCCGCCCUGAGGCUGCUGGGGUUUUGGGAGAAGGCGUACGGUGCCUUGACACCGCCAUUGAGAGCUCCGGAGGGAGGAGCAGUAAAGUCCCGGGGGGCAAGGCCAGAAGAAAAGGAGGCAAAAGUUGAAGAAGAAGCCCGACGACCCGCAAUACCGCGAUACGAAAUGGCAAAGACGUACGAGCGGAUGCCCCUGCUGAGGGACUUGGAAAGAGUGGUGAACGCGGAGUACGUUUCGAGGCUGUGGCGAUGGAUCACGCACAAUGUCUAA